UCGCCCCUACUCCACGUUAAAGCAGAGCCUCUCGGUGAGAGCAGCGAGUCAGUGCCAGGGAAAUGGUCUGAGCAGGGCCUGCAGGCAUCUGCUGACAGGAAGAACCAAACAUUCAGGAUGCUUUUGGCACAGGUGAGGCGCAGCCGCCCCAGCAGGCUCAGGAGCUGGUGCAGCUGAGUCAGGAUGAGCCCCAUCCCUGGGCAGCCCUGGGCUUCGGACAUCUCAACCCUUCUCUGCCCCUCUUGGCAGCUCAUUUGGAUUAUUGAACUCUUCUAACUUYGUUGGUUUUCAACUUGAAGCUGCUUUUGGAGAGGAGAAGAUGUCAAGGAGAAUUGUUUCGGGCUGCUUCUCUAGAAUGGUAUGGAAAAAACAUUUUUUCAAGGAAACCUGCUGCGGAUGUGGUGCUUCAGACACAGAAAACCAAAAUGAGGACCUGGAGAACAGAGGAAAAGUAAGGAAAAGAAAGAAGAAAAAUGAAAAUAAACGAGUGGUCAUCUCCAAUUUGCCCUUUGGAAGUAAGAAGUGGAAGGAAAAUCCGAACAGAUACUAUGACUCCAAUGAAAUUAAGACCACAAAAUACACCAUCUUAACUUUCCUCCCUAAAAAUAUCUAUGAGCAGUUUCACCGCCUUGCCAAUAUUUAUUUUGUGUUCAUUGCGCUGCUGAAUUUUGUGCCCGUGGUGAAUGCUUUCCAACCAGAGGUGUCUGUGAUCCCAAUUUGUGUUAUAAUGGCCAUCACAGCCAUUAAAGAUGCUUGGGAGGACUUCCGGCGGUACAAAUUAGACAAAGAAAUCAAUCACAUGGGAUGCUACAUCUACAGCAGGGAGGAACAUGCUUACGUGGAGAAGUGCUGGAAGGACGUGCGAGUGGGGGACUUUGUGCAGCUGCAGUGUAACGAGAUCAUCCCAGCAGACAUCCUGCUGCUCCACUCCUCCGACCAGAACGGGAUCUGCCACCUGGAGACCGCCAACCUGGACGGGGAGACCAACCUCAAGCAGCGCCGGGUGGUGAUGGGCUUCAGCAGCCAGAAUACUUUGUUUGAACCCGAAUUUUUCCAAAACACCAUCAUCUGUGAAAUGCCAAACAAUGAUCUCAAUAAAUUCAAAGGUUACAUGGAGCAGCCAAACAAUGAACGAGUUGGGUUUAACAUUGAAAGCCUCUUGCUUCGUGGAUGYACAAUCAGAAAUACUGAGGCUGCAGCAGGAAUUGUUAUAUAUGCAGGUCACGAGACGAAGGCCAUGCUGAAUAACAGCGGUCCUCGUUACAAGCGCAGCAGGAUAGAGCGGCGGAUGAACAGRGACCUUUUCUUAUGUGUGGGACUCCUGCUUGUGAUGUGCCUCGUUGGAGCUGUAGGGCAUGGCAUUUGGACUGGAAAAUUUUGGGAGCACCCACCUUAUGAUGUCCCAGAUGGGAAUGGGAAUUUUGCAUCUCCAGUUCUUGCCGGUUUCUACAUGUUCCUGGCAAUGAUWAUCCUGCUGCAGAUUUUAAUCCCCAUUUCUCUUUACGUGUCAAUUGAGUUGGUCAAAUUGGGCCAAGUCUUCUUAAUUCACAAUGACAUUGACCUGUAUGAUGAAGAAGCAGAUUUGCCCAUCCAGUGCCGUGCCCUCAAUAUUACUGAAGACCUUGGACAAAUCCAGUAUAUCUUCUCAGACAAAACUGGGACACUAACAGAAAACAAAAUGGUAUUCCGACGCUGUACUAUCGAUGGAAUUGAGUUUUCCCAUCAGGAAAAUGCCAAGCGCCUGGAAACACACAAAGAGCUGGAUUUAGACGAUGAGGACUUUGCAAAACUUCARCUCUUGACUCUUCCUCCCAUGACCCUUGAGAGAGCAGCCCCGUACGGACACAGCACUGUGAGACCUCUGAGGCGGUGCCAGAGCGCCCGGGCGCGUUUCCAGGGCCACACCAGGAGCAGGUCGGUCGGGCGCCGUGACAGCAGCCAGUCCCAGGUGGCCUUCAGCAGCASCAUCGAAAAGGAUGUGGCUCCCGAUAGCAGGCUGCUGAGGCGAGUGAGAGAAGCUGCCCUCCAGACUGAAAGUCUUUCUCCUACACAUACAAAGACUUCCACAUCCCUUACUGACUUUUUUCUUGCCCUUGCYAUCUGCAAUACAGUCCUGGUCUCCACAGCUACUGAGCCAAGACAAAGGGUCACAAUCCCACCACCAAUAAAACCAUCAGGAAUCACCCUGGAGAAGAUUCAUCAGAUAUUCCAAAGGCUAAAAUUAGCAAGCCUCAGCCAAUCUUUUUCAUCAUCUCAGUCCAGCUCAGACCUSGGCGCCAGCUUCAGCGCAAAGAACACGGAGGAGCCCCUUGCUGGGCUGGAGAGCUGUGACAAUGACAAYGACAAUGACAGCGGCRSUAGAGGCCAGGAGCUCCAGGACAAGGGCAGCACAGAUMUCGGUAGCACCUCCUUGGAUGAGGUUUUUAAGUCUGUGACCAACAGUUCUCUGCCAGCAGCGUUUUGCUACGAGGCCGAGAGCCCGGACGARGCGGCGCUGGUGUACGCUGCCCAGGCUUACAGCUUCACGCUGGUGUCCCGCACGCCCGAGCAGGUGACAGUGCAGCUGCCCCAGGGCACCCUGCUCACCUUCGACAUCCUCUACWCCCUGGGCUUUGACUCGGUCAGGAAAAGGAUGUCUGUGGUGGUCAGACACCCUYUAACCAAGGAGAUUGUUGUCUACACUAAAGGCGCUGACUCUGUUAUAAUGGACCUGCUGGACGACUCUGUCAAAGGUGACAUUAGUGCAGAGAAGAGACUGAAAAGAAUAAAAGAAAAAACACAGAAGCAUCUGGACUACUACGCCCGUGACGGACUGCGCACUCUGUGCAUAGCUAAGAAGGUCUUGAGUGAAGAUGACUUUCAGAAGUGGGCCAAUUUUCGUCGGGAGGCAGAAGCUGCAAUUGACAACAGAGAGGAGCUGUUAAUGGAGACAGCACAGCAUCUGGAGACCAAACUCACCUUGCUGGGAGCAACAGGSAUUGAAGAUCGGCUGCAAGAUGGAGUACCUGACACCAUUGUGGCUCUCCGAGAAGCUGGGAUACAAAUCUGGGUGUUGACAGGAGACAAACAGGAGACAGCAGUUAACAUUGCAUACUCCUGUAAACUCCUGAACCAAAGGGACACUGUCUUCACCAUUAACACUGAAAAUAGGGAAACCUGCGAAUCUCUCCUGAAUUUAACCCUGGAAGAGGUGAGGAAGAAUUACGAGUUUGACAAGCCACGGAGGAAAUUUUUUGGCAUUAUCCCAACAUCUUGCUCAGCCUCAGAGGCGCCCAGCCCCGAGUUUGGGCUGGUGGUUGAUGGGAGGACGCUGAACAUCAUCUUCCAGGGAGGGCUGGAGGAGAAGUUCCUGGCACUAACGCGGCACUGCCGCUCGGUGCUCUGCUGCCGCUCCACCCCGCUGCAGAAGAGCAUGGUGGUCAAGCUGGUCCGGAGACAGCUCAAAGUGAUGACCCUGUCCAUAGGGGACGGUGCAAACGAUGUGAGUAUGAUUCAAGCAGCUGAUGUUGGAAUUGGAAUAUCUGGCCAGGAAGGCAUGCAGGCUGUGAUGGCCAGUGACUUUGCAAUAUCCAGAUUUAARCACCUCAAAAAGCUCCUUCUCGUCCAUGGACAUUGGUGCUAUGCUCGCCUGGCUAAGAUGGUGAUUUACUUUUUCUACAAAAAUGUGUGCUACGUCAACCUGCUCUUCUGGUACCAGUUCUUCUGUGGCUUCUCAGGCAGCACCAUGAUAGAUUACUGGCAGAUGAUCUUUUUCAACCUCUUCUUCACCUCAGUGCCUCCCCUUCUCUUUGGAGUCCUGGAUAAAGAUGUUUCUGCAGAAACACUCCUAGGUUUGCCUGAGUUGUACAAAAAUGGGCAAAAUUCAGAGAUAUACAACCUGUCAACUUUUAUUAUUACGAUGUUGGAUGCCUUCUAUCAGAGCCUCAUUUGCUUCUUUGUCCCUUAUUUGAUGUACAAGGACUCUGACAUAGAGGUKUUUUCCUUUGGAAACCCCAUCAACACCAUCUCCCUCCUGACCAUUCUCCUGCACCAGGCUCUAGAAAUGAAAACAUGGACCCUGCUCCAGCUGUUGACCAUGAUCUGCAGUGUGGCCUUUUACCUCAUCUUCUCUCUGAUCUACAACUCUGCCUGCGUGCUCUGCAACCCUCCCUCCAACCCCUACUGGAUCAUGGAGAGGCAGCUGACAGACCCCAUCUUCUAUUUGCUGUGCCUCAUCACCCCRGCCAUCGCGCUCUUGCCCAGGUUCUUUAUUUUGGCUCUAAGAGGAACCUUUGGAGCAUCUCUGGUUCUGAAGGCACAGCAAGUAGAGAAACUUCCUAAGGGGCAACAGGAUCUUGAAAUCCAGAAACUGAGAUCAAGAAAAGAAGCUCCUUCUGGUGCASCAGUGGCAUCACCUGCAUCUAAUGAUGACCUUGACCAAAGCAUCAGCCACUUAUGUGCAUCACCCUUUCUACACCCAGCAGCAGCAGCUGUGUCUCACAGGCACACAGAAAACCAGGGACUUUCUGCCUCUGAAGGGAACCCUCUCAGGAGACGGACACCUGAGGAAGGCUUCUGCUUCUUUAAUCGGUGGGCAGAGGAAGAAUCUGCUGCUACAGACUCUUCAGCAGGGCCUUURUCUGGCCAUCAUCCCCUUGUGCCCAUCAGGGAAACAGCUCCUGGGCAGGAUGGUGGCAAACUGACUAAAGAUUACCCCAACAACUUUAACUACGGCAGCCACCGGCGCUCAGUGAGUUCAGUGACACUCUGAAGAAACAUUCAGAAACAGGACCCACAGCCCAUGUGUAAAAGGACACCACAGGGACAAUAAAAAGUCUAUUUAUGCUUAGGCAUGGUGCUCACUGGAAAUGGAGGGGGAGGCAAGUGGAGUAGUGCAAUAGCAACUCUAAUAUGCAACUUUUCCCAAAUGCAUCGUGGUCUGGGUUUGUCAUUGCAUGUCUGGAUCUUCCUGGCUUGGUCGUGUUAGAGGAGCAUCACAUGAGCAUCACACACCAUUGCUGAGAAUUGCACAAUUACUUCCUUUCAACCAUUUUUGUAUCACAUUAAUAGGGAAUACUUGUGAGGUUUCAGUGUUGUUGUUAUUAUUAUGUUAUUGAGGUAACAGAAAGAGAAUACAUUCUUUAUUAAACCAAGUCUUAAAGCAAUGCAUCCCACUCUAGAUUUUACUAUCAAAAUCUUCAAAAGUGCUUGCUAACUUAAAAAUUAUAAUUCUGUGUGAAAAAAUUUGUUACCUCCAAGUGCUAAAGGUACUUGCAGAAUAACAGCAAUGGAAAGACACUAAAGAAUGAUACAGGUUUUAAUAUAUGUACUUUAUGCAUACAACAAUAUCAGGUCUAGAGCCUGUUUUCCCCGGAAGAGUAAGCUUAGAAUUUUUAUGCAGGUAGUGGUUUGACCUGAUACUGUUAAGAAAAGGACAAAUGAGCUUAUAAAGAAGAAGAAUACAAAUACUGAGCUACAAGAACUGCCAGGAUAACUCAGUGAUAAGUGGAGUCAACUUCUGCAUACCUACAAAAGUAGACAGAUAUAACAAGUCACAUUCCAGGAUUUAUGUCCUAAAAUUCUAAAGUUGUCCCUGAUUUUUCAUCUAGAAAUUCAGUUUCUUCCUUCCAUACCCUAUAUUAUUAUGUGSUGCUGCUGCAUUCAAUCAAGUAUAAAUCAUGCUCCUCCCCACAGUUGGUCACAUUCAUUAGUUGAUGGAUCUCAAUAAUAGAGGUUUUGACAAGCCMUAUAUGAAGGUCACUAAUCACAUUGCAGUAAGUACAUGGUGUAAAAUGACCAAAAUAUGCAUAAUAUGUUCACCCUUUUUUGGUAUUUCAGGGCAACAAGAUGCAGGAAAAAAACCAUAAGAUGUCACCAUCAUCACUACUUAUUGCAAUGCAAUGAAAGGUGACUUUGGUAUUUCUUAUAGAAAUGUUGACUAGUAAGAYCAUUUCCCAAGUUUUCUUCACGAUGUGGGAUGAAAUCUUACCUAGUUUUAAACUCAAGCCAUCUGUACUUUUGUGAAUCUACCACUGUUUCUGAUUUAAUAGGUUUUUAGCCUUUUUUAUACCUGCUGUAUUUAGCUAUUUACCACCAUUACAAYACGUGAUCUGUCUAAUAACCUAUUUAGCAAAUGCUAAUUUAACUUUUGUGUAUUAUAAUAAUUACUGUAUCCAGUCUUCAAGUUCUUGCUUUGAAGCAUCACAGGCAAAAUSGAGUAGCAUAUCUGCCACUGGGAUUUCUGGUAGCAAGAGCAAGAUCAUAUGUAGAACUCCAYUUGUUAAACUAUUAAUUGUCAGCUGUAAAACAAUUCAGAAAGAGAUUUCUUUUGCAUGAUGAACAAAAUGAAGGAAAUUAGGUGUAGCUGAGAUUAUUGCUAAUGGAGUGUGAGAUUGCUCAAAUGUUUGCUCACUAGCUGGGAAUGGACCUGGGGUGACAAGCCUGAAGAUCAAGCCUUUACCAUUCAUAGCCAUGUUUUUGCAUUAAAUGGUCCAUUUCCUUUGAACUUAAAAAUGUCARUUCCUUACACACUUUAUUACAAAAUGUGAAGUGUUUUAUAGCAAUAAAUGUAAUAUGGUCGUGAC